GGAGCUUUCAAGUUGCAGGGAACCAAGUUGAAUAUGAGCACGGCUCACCAUCCCCAGAGUGACGGGCAAACUGAGAGACUUAACAGAUGCCUGGAAACAUAUUUAAGGUGCAUGAGUCAUUCUCAUCCCAGGAAAUGGAAUCAGUGGUUGCAUCUUGCAGAAUGGUGGUAUAACACAUGCCAUCACCAUUCUAUAAAACAAACCCCGUUCAAGGCCUUACACGGCUAUGACGCGCCUCAACUGUCCACUGGCCCCUACUUAGAUUCUACCAACUCUUUGGCAGCAAGAAAUGUGCAAGAAAGACAACAAAUGUUGCAAGAUUUGAAGGAACACAUGACGCAAGCUCAAGAAAGGAUGAAAAAAUAUGCCGAUUCCAAAAGAUCAGAGAGGACAUUUGAAGUUGGAGACUGGGUUUUUCUUAAGAUUCAGCCGUUCAAACAGGGAAAUACAUUAUUGAGAAGACCAACUAAAUUUUCUAUCAAGUACUUUGGACCAUUCCAGGUAUUAGCAAGGUUGGAAAUGUGGCUUAUAAGUUGCAGUUGCCUCCAAACUCAAGAAUGCAUGAUGUUUUCCAUAUAUCACUACUUAAGAGAGAAAAAAAAAUACCAUGCUAAUACUACUGUACCUGAGGUAGACCAAAAUGGUUAUCCCCGGGUGUACCCACAGGCUGUUUUAGGGACAAGAAUGGUCCAGGCACGCAAGAAUGUGGAAAAGGAGGUUUUAAUUCAGUGGAGCAAUCUGUCGCCAGAGGAGGCUACUUGGGAGCGAGCUAAUGUGAUGAAGGUGCAGUAUCCCGAAUUUAAGUUGCCUUGAGGACAAGGCGUUUUUCAGGGAGAGGCUGUUGAGAGCAGAAAAAUAAAAAUCAACGGGGUAAAAAUACCGUUGCCCAGAGCCAAAAGGCUAAACUCCAAUUUUAUUCCAAUAUAAUAAGAAUGAACCCUGACGAGGAGUAUAAAUAGCCUUCUACAAGAAACCCUUAUCAAGCCUGAAUUAAUUAAAUCCUAAUUAGGCUCAUAUUAACUCUACUAAGUACUCUACUAAUCAAAGGCCCAGACCAAAACAUAACAUUAACUUAAUAAUAGUAAAUAAACUAUAAAGACAGCCUGUAACCGGCCCACGGAAGUGGGCUCAAGCCCGGUCCCGUCCCAUGCUCUUCCCGCUACCUAUCAAAGGCAAUGUUGUGACCACUGCCAUUUUUAAUUAGUAAUCUGUUUACAUUUUAUUAUUAAUUCUAUAAGGUGUUCACUUUAGUAAGUGAACUUGUGGAUUUACCGAGGGUAUUAUGACCGUUAUUUUUACUGUGAGAAUGGACCAGCGGCAAAGGGGUAUUAACUCAUGCCCCAUGCUCUUCCUGCUACCUAUCUAUCCAUCCUCCUUCAAAUUAACCUUGUCCUCAAGGUUGAAAUCUCGCGGAUCGGGGAUUGAAAUUUCCAGCCAUAGAAUAGACCGGAAAAUAUCCUUCAUCUCUUUCCCGAACUCUUUCCUGACCUGUUAUUUCACAGCAUUCAUGUUGUUGGAGGUCCAACUCUUCAUCCUCCUCAGCUAUCAUUACCCGCAACUGCUUAAAGGGACAGUCAUGCCCCGGUGUAAAUGGUUUCUUACACCUAAAGCAUAAUCCGUUCGCCCUCAAUUCUGCGAACUCCUUUGGCGGAAGACGAGUGAACUGAGAGUGUGUCGCAGCCCAGACAACCCUGACUUCGUCCUCGCUGCCCAAUGUCUUUAGGAAAGCUGUCAUUUGAUCUUCUUAAGCUGCCACCACUUAUGACCGUGCUGUUACUACCACUUGGGUGCGAAAAACUGCCUGAACUCAAGUCCGUGUUGUAGGGUUGAAUUUCCCAAUCUCCAUCUUGAAAAGACAAGUUGCCCUCAAUAUCUCUGACCAAAUCCAUUGCAAUGUCCAGGCUGUUUGGCCGCACCAAUCGUAAGGAUCCCCGAAUUGGUCCCUUCAGCCUGUUCAUGAAAUACCCCAGAUAAUGAUCAUCAGACAGCCCAGGAACCUGACUGGCCAACUGCACAAAAAGGUUAUUUUAUUCUUCUAUGGUUCCCAACUGUUUGGCCCUAGACAGCUGUUCAAAUCGGUUGCCCUUGAACCAUAAAUCAAAACGGGCCACCAGUGCAUCAGCGAAUUCCUCCCAAGUCAGGCCCGGUUUCCGAGCCUUCAACCAGGUCAACCAGUACAGAGCAGCCCCUUCCAUGGCUACCGUAGCUGCCAUCACUUUGCUUCCAGGUAGGGUUUGAUGAAUUUCAAAUUGUUGCUCAGCUCUGGCCACUUAUCCGAUGGGAUCUUCGCCGUCAAACAAGGGCAGUAAGGAGGUGGUUAAGCUGCGCGACCCACUGCCGACCAUGUGUGCUGAUGCGGCGUCGCCGACUGACGCCGGUUUUUUUUCCGGCAGUGUCGUGGCCCAUGUGAGUGCAGCGAGUGACGCUGCAAUCUCAGUCAGCUGCGCGUCGAGCUUCUAAUUCAUUAAGGCUUGCUCAGCUUCUACCUCUGUUAUACGAUCAGUGUUUGAUCUCGUCAUUCCGGCGGGACAGGAUCCGGCAGGUCGAACCAAUUGUUGAGAGCAAAAAAAUAAAAAUCAACGGGAUAAAUCGUUGCCCAGAUAAUCAACGAUAAAAAUACCGUUUCCCAGAGCCAAAAGCCUAAACUCCAAUUUUUUUCCAAGAUAAUAAGAAUGAACCCUGGCGAGGGGUAUAAAUAGCCUUCUACAAGAAACCCUAAUCAAGCCCGAAUUAAUUAAAUCCUAAUUAGGCACAUACUAACACUACUAAGUAUUCUACUAAUCAAAGGCCCAAACCAAAACAUAACAUUAACUUAAUAAUAAUACAUAAACUAUAAAGAUAGCCGUAACCGGCCCACGGAAGUGGGCCCAAGCCCGGUCCUACCCCAUGCUCUUCCCGCUACCAAUAAGAGGCAAUGUUGUGACCACUGCCAUUUUUAAUUAGUAAUUUGUUUACAUUUUAUUAUUAAUUCUAUAAUGUAUUUACUUUAGUAAGUGAACUUGUGGAUUUACUGAGGGUAUUGUGACCGUUAUUUUUACUGUGAGAAUGGGCCAGCGGCAAAGGGGGUAUUCACUCACGCGUUGGUUGCUUAAUACCCGGGAGAGAGAGAAGAAGCAGCAGUUUUUGGUGUGUAAUGAGGAGGUCAAACACCAGCUACCAGGCCAGAUUGAAGCUCCCAGGCCGCCGUCCAUUGCAAGCAGAUUAUGUCGGUUGCUCUUUUAAUACGUUGAUGUUAUAGUAAUGUAAUGGCAUACUGCUAUUGCUAGUCUUGGGUCACAACAUUUGGUAUCAGAGCCCAGAUUAAACUAUUCAAGCGUGACUCAAGCCAUGACAACUGAAACUCGGAUGAAGGAUCUAUUUGACACUCAGAGGAAACAUGGAGAGGAAUUGCAAGGAAUUCAUAGGGAGUUUGCCUCUGUCAACGAUCAUUUGGUAAAAGUGGAUAAGGGAUUGGCUACUAUCAAACGACAAUUGGAGGCUCUGAUGGCGAUGCAACAAACAUAUAUGGCCAAGGAUAAGGAGAAGGUAAAUGAUGAGGACAUGGUAGUCACGGCGCACAGCGAAGGACAUGGCGCAUGGGUAAUUUCACGCGGCGAUGGCGCACCAAUAAAACAAAACAUCAAAAAAAAUUAAGCAUAACCUAUAGACAAUACACGUGUAUGACUUAACCACCAAUUAAAGAGUGAAAUUGUUAAAUAACCAAAUUAAUACCAAAAGUAAUCCAAAUCAAACCAACUUAAUAUCCAUAACCAGUUCAUGUCUAAAAAAACUGAAUCUAAAGUUUGAUCUGUUGACUAAUACUCAUAAUCACCCCCUCUUCGCUCACGUGUAGUCAUCAGGCCCAUCUUACUCGGAUAAGAAAGGAAUUUCUUCCUCAUUCAUUUCACUAUAAGAAGGAUCUUG